AUGCGCUUCCAUCUCCUUUCCAUUCUUUCAGUGCUUUUCUUCUCCUCGGCGUCAUCCCCGCUCGAACUCAUCGAGUCUCGCGCACUUAAUUUAUGCUCGGACAGCUUGAGCCUGACGGCAGAACACUUCAAUGUCGUCUUCACGCCCCAGAAUCGGUCUAUGGCGCUAAGCUUGGAUGGGGCGUCGAAGAUCACCGGAUAUGUGAAGGCAGAGCUGGUCUUGACAGUGUAUGGAUAUGAGGCGCUGCGCAAAAUACUAGACCCCUGCGAUAUGAGCUUGGAUGGUCUGUGUCCGGUCCGAGCAGGGCCACUUCCCAUGAUGAGCACCAACAUCAAGAUCCCAGAGAAUGUGGUCUCGCAAAUUCCUCGUAUCGCGUACUCGGUCCCCGAUCUCGACGCGUCGGUCCGCGUUUAUAUCAACUCUACGGAAACCGGCGAGGAGAUCACCUGUAUCGAAGCGGCUCUGUCAAAUGGGGAGUCAGUUUAUCAGGCUGGAGUGGGAUGGACAACGGCGAUAAUAUCGGGGCUAGGGUUGACAGCGUCGGCAAUCACCUCGAGUCUGGGGUAUUCGAAAGCCGCCACGCAUAUCACGGCCAGCGUUGUCUCGCUGUUCGGGUUCAUACAGUCCCAGGCCAUGUUUGGCAUGAUGUCUGUUCACAUGCCGCCCAUCGUACAGUCGUGGACCCAGAAUUUUCAGUGGAGCAUGGGCAUCAUACAUAUUGGGUUUCUGGAGAAGAUAUGUACUUGGUACCAACGCUCUACCGGGGGAGUCCCCUCGACGAUACUGUCCAAUCUUACGGUGACUUCGGUCCAUGUGAUGAAAAAGCGCUCGUCGGAGGUUCUUCGCCAUGCAUCGGAGUUGCUCAAUAGGGCAGGACAGAAGAGAAGCGCUGGAAAUGGAGGCACCGUUGUUGCUCGAGGCAUUCAGCGAGUUGGGUUUAGGGCUGGGAUCGAAGUUACCAACAUCUUUCUGACCGGACUAAUAUUCUUCGUUGUCUUUCUAGGUGUGAUGAUGCUCCUGGUUGCUGCUUUGAAGGCUUUUUGCGACAUUCGCGCUCGAACCGGAGGCGAGAAUUCACUCAAAACGUUCAGGCAAAAGUGGACCCUUGUUGCGAAAGGGGUCAUGUUUCGACUGGUCUUGAUUGGGUUCCCUCAGAUGCUGAUUCUCUGCCUGUGGGAGUUCACUCAGCACGAUUCCCCAGCAGAAGUCUUGCUCGCGGCGGUCACGCUUCUGGGGAUGAUGCUCAGCAUUGGCUUUGCGGCGUUUAGGGUUAUCAGGCUGGCGCAGAGGUCGUUGGUCACUCAUCAGAACCCGGCAUAUCUGCUUUACUCCAACGCGCCCUUUCUAAGUCGCUGGGGGUUCCUCUAUGUGCACUACAAGGCCACGACCUACUAUUUCAUUGUCCCGUCGAUUGCCUACACUUUCCUACGGGCGGCCUUCAUCAGCCUGAGUCAAGAAGCACCAGUGGUCCAGACGGUGGGAUUGCUUGUAGUUCAAACCGGCAUGCUCGUUGUAGUCAGUGUCUGUCGGCCCUGGAUGAACAAGAAGACCAACAUAUACAACAUCUCGAUCACCGCGCUCAACUUCAUCAACACCAUCUUCCUCCUUUUCUUCGCCGACGUGUUCGACCAACCCGGCCUCGUCACGGGGGUGAUGGGCGUCGUCUUCUUCGUCUUCAACACGGCCUUCAUCCUGGUCCUCCUGGUCCUGAUUCUAAUGGACUCGGUGCAUGCAAUCCUCUCAAAGAACCCAGACAUUCGAUACCAGCCCAUGCAGGAUGACCGGGACUCGUUUGUUCGAUCGCACAGCCAGCUGGUGACAUCCGAGCUGCAUGCCCUCGGGGCCACGGCUCGAGGCGACCCCCCGACAGCUCUGUACAAGGUCCUCCAGGGAGCAACCGACAACGACAACGACAACAACCCCCUCGCCGCCAGCCAGAAGGAUACCCGCACAAGACCCCUCAACGGCGGCCAGUCAAGCGGAGAUGUCACGCUGCAUGAACGACAGUCCCCUACGUCGGUGGUGGAUCUCUCGGUGCCCCUCUUCCCCAGCGGGGGAGGACCAGGUCAGGAGGAUCGUAAAGUCCGACGACAAUCAUCUUCACCGAUGUGA